GUGCUGGAGCAGGAGAAACAUGGCCUCAGGAGGAAACUCGCGGCGGCGGAGAGCGAGUUCGAUGUCAAGGUGCAGGAGAUCAACAUUGACCUUCAGCAUGCAAAGAGCGAGCUGCAGGACCAGCGGGACGCCCUGCGGCAGACGGACCGCGAGAAGAGUCAGCUCAUCGACCAACUCACCGAGCAGAACCAGCGGCUCACCUCGCAGCUCAAGGAGUCCUCCAAACACGAGCAUCAGCUGGAGCAACAACUUCAGAUGCUGCGGGACCAGUUCAACCUCAGGAAGUCCAACAUGAGCGAGCAAGUGUCCACGCUGGAGGUGCUCAGCGAGGAGAUCAACCUGCUGACGGAGAAGAAAAUGGACCUAGAGCGGCGGAUUGACAGUCUGCUGAACGAGCGGGAAGGACUCAGCACCCAUCUGGACGAGUCGUCGGACCGGAUCAUGAUGCUGGAGAAGCAGUCGAGAGAGCAGGAGGCCAUGCUGCGUAACAGUCAGCGCGACCUGGACGACCUGCGCCACACCAACCUCUCCCUGACGGACCGCCUGGAGGCCCUCAGUCGGAACUCCUCCUCCCCCUCCAUGGGCCACACUUCACUCAUGAACGAGAUAGACAUGAGUGACCACGAAGCCUCCCGCCCCCACUCCCACCCCAGCCUCCCGGAAGACCUCUUGGAACUGGACGAGAUUGAGUGUGAUGACCCGGUCCUGUACCCGACCUCGGACGCUGAAACUCUCAAAACGGGCCGCACCUCACUGCGUCAGGAGGUGGUGGACGCGGUGGGCCAGCUGAGGGUCUUGACGGAGCAGCUGAGGCACCGCAGACGCAACUCACUCACGUCGCUGUCCACAAACUCCUCCGACGAGCUCACCCCCGACAAGAUCAAGGGUGGUGUGCUGUUGGCUUCAGUGAGGGAGGUUCAUGGGUUAGUCCGGGACCUGCUGCGGCGUGAGGCCCAGGGUCAGUGCAGCUCAUGUGGCCGCGGCGAGGACAGGGUCACACUGGAGCAGGAGGUUCACCGCGCUCUGGAGGCCGUGGACAAGCUGAACAUUGAGCUGAGCGACGUCAAGGACAAACUCAAGGCCAAGACUGAUGAGGCCGCCGAGCUUGGCCAUCAGGUGACGCUGGGUGAGGCACAGCUGAAGGCCGUCGAGGAGCACCGUGACACCCUCAAGCAUGACCUAGACAACACACACCUGGCCAAGGACGAGCUCAUCAAGAAGGCCUGGGACAUGAGGGACAACGCCGUGGCCCGCAAGAAUGCCUGUGAGAUCGAGUUGGCAAGGACGAGGAUUGACGUCAUGCAGGUCAACUCGCAGCUCAUGGAGGCAAUACAACAGAAGGUGGAACUCUCGCAGCAGCUGGAGCAGUGGCAGGUUGACAUGCAGCAGCUUCUGGAUGAACAAAUGCGGCGGAAAUUGAGCAAGCUUGAAAUGGGUAGUGGGUCACGAUCUGCCCACCACCACCAACACAACCAAAGCGAUUCCGACUCCUCCUCCAGCGGAAAGGCGUCACCCAGGAAGAAUUCUCGGCUGUUCUCCAUCCUCACGACCCUCAAGAGGUAACCCGCCGCUGCCUCGAUCAUCGUCCUGUGGGGGGAGUGGAGGAGAACGUGGGUGUUAUUGUAGAGUUUUGGGGUAUGGUGGUGACGGAGGUGGAUCGAGUGUGUGGUUGCGAGGCGAUGGAUUUUUUGGUUGGUGAGGUUGUUUUGUAAUGUGUGUGUGUGUGUGUGUGUGUGUGUGUUCGAUCUUGAUUUCUUUCUUUCUUUCUUUCUUUUUUCCUCUCUUUCUUUUUUCCUUCUUACUUCUUCUCUUUUAUUCUUUCUUCCUUCCUUCUCUUUCUUUAAUAUAUAUUUCUCUCUCUCUCUCUCUCUCUCUCUCUCUCUCUCUCUCUCUCUCUCUCUCUCUCUCUCUCUCUCUCUCUCUCUCUCUCUCUCUCUCUCUCUCUCCUUUGUUUUCUCUCUCUUUCUCCUCUUCUUUAUCUUCUCUCUCUUUCUCUCUUCCUCCUCUUCUUCAUUUUCUCUCUCUCUCUCUCUCUUCCUCCUCCUCCUUAUCUUCUCUCUCUCUCUCUCCUCUUCCUCCUCCUCUUCCUCCCCAGCGUGAAUCUCUACAACAUGGCUUUAGCAGAAUUAGAUAUAUAUAUUAUUAUCAUUAUUAUUAUUAUUAUUUACUACGAUAUAAUUAACUAAGAUAUAUGACUGUGUCCGAGAGGAAGCCCUACUGAGUCUCCAUAUCUAUUAUUAUGAUCAUUAUAUUUAUUUUUAUUAUCAUCAUUACUUAUAUAUACUUAUACUUAACACUACCGUCCUCAGAACCCAAAGCCUUAAACUUUACGGUACUUAUUAGACUUAAGGGAAGAACGACUUAAAGAACGAACAAUUUUUUUAUUUUUUUUAUUUGUGUACGUUGCAAUGUUUUUUUUUUCCUUCCUUUCCUUUUUGCCGAGCGGCCGAAGGAAGGGAAGGAAAAACAUGCCAUUCCAAGCACCAUUCAUUGCCUUAUACGAGAGAUACUUAUUGUUUUUAAGAGUCGUAUAGAUCUGUUAUAAGUAGUAGUAGUAGUUGUAGUAGUAGUAGUAGUAGUAGUAGUAGUAGUAGUAGUGGUGGUAGUGGUUAGGUCUGUAUGUAUGUGUAUGAUACUAUGAUUUACUAUUUAGCUGUGAUAUACUACCAUCUUGUCUGUCUGUCUGUCUGUCUGUCCAUCUGUCUGGCUGUCUGGCUGUGUGACUCUAGUACUGAUAACCUUAACCCAGUAGCAGCGGGGAUCAUGUUUCUUAAUGGUCCGUCUAAGCGAGAAAAUGAGAAAAAAAUCAUCACUCUCACAAACCAUUUCAUAAUAUAUUUCAAAGUAUUUGUGAUCAGAUUAUGUAGCAUCUUUUUUGGGGGGUUUAUAUCAUGGCAUAAAUUUGGCCCGUCGCUGCUACACGGUAAAGCCACAAAUUUGGCCCAUCGCUGCUACACAGUAAAGCCACAAAUUUGGCCCAUCGCUGCUACACGGUAAAGCCACAAAUUUGGCCCAUCGCUGCUACACGGUAAAGCCACAAAUUUGGCCCAUUGCUGCUACACGGUAAAGCCACAAAUUUGGCCCAUCGCUGCUACACGGUAAAGCCACAAAUUUGGCCCAUCGCUGCUACACGGUAAAGCCACAAAUUUGGCCCGUCGCUGCUACACGGUAAAGCCACAAAUUUGGCCCGUCGCUGCUACACGGUAAAGCCACAAAUUUGGCCCGUCGCUGCUACACGGUAAAGCCACAAAUUUGGCCCGUCGCUGCUACCGGGUUAA